AUGAAAAAAGAUUUGACACUCACCUGUAGACAAGGCGGAAGGACAGAGAGCAGAAAGUAGCACGAAGACCUUUCUGCCCAGCAUAUAGUGACUUUGCUAAGGCUAGUCUCCUUGCCAUAUAGCUUACAUUUUGAGAUAUCAAACGAUGGAUAUUUAUUACAUUUAGAGCGAAGAGGAGACAUAUACGUUAACAAGUUGCUGUUUGACAAGCUGCCAACGCACUCUUCAUGGAUGACAGGGGGAGACGACAGGGGAAGAACAAAGUGAAACAGUGUUACAUCUGAGCUCAGCCCUUCAGCCAGAGGAUCAAGCCCACCAUCCUGACGCCAGUGCAUGUGGGCCCUGACGUUGUUCUAACACAGGAGGCAGGGAACACAAAGGCCUACCAUCAUGCACUAUAGACAGACAGACGAAGGCUGUGGGGACGCAGGGAGAAGCAGGCCACCUCCAGGCAGAACUAUCUCUCUGGUGUUGGUGAUCCUGGUAGCCCUGGCCCCGUCUAGCGUGCGUGGCAGCCUGGAGGACACCCUGGGGGAGAUCAUAACCAUGGAUCUGGAGGCCUCCAUGCACUCCUCUGUGCUGUCAGAGCUGCAUGCCACAGCCUCUGUUACAAAGGGCCCUCCCACUACUGCUCCAGAAUCCUUUGCACCCACCGAAGGAGCUUCCACGGGCAUCCCAGACUCCUCUGCUGUGGUCGGCCAGGUGUUUCAGAUGAGGCUUCCACCCAGGCCAGGCAAUGGCAGCUGUAACAUCCAGCUAACCGAGAUGGGCAAGGAGAGUCUCCCCUCCUGGCUGCAUUGGGAAAGAGAGUUGUGCUUCCUCCGAGGCCUGGCCAUGGAGCAGGACAAAGGUGUGCUCCACAUCUCUGUAUCUGGAGAAGACAGAAACAGGGUUGCCAGCAGCCCAGUUGCCCACAGCAAGGAGGUUUUCUCAAUCGAGGUGUACCCAGAGGAGCGAGCCGACACUGAACCAGCCCUGUUGGCCCUCCAAUCCGAGGCCUAUGGCCACCAGCCCUUCACUUGUGGCAGUGAGGAGCCUGUCACCGUCCUCACCAUUAUCCUGGAUGCUGAUCUCACCAAGAUGGAUGCCCAGCAGAGAGUCGAUCUCUUGGCCAGCAUGAGAAAAUUCUCUGGCAUUCCUCUUGAGCACAUGAGAGUGGUCCCUGUGGUAAACAAUCGUCUGUUUGACAUGACCGCUUUCAUGGCUGGACCUGGUAAUGCCAAGAAAGUGGUGGAAAAUGGGGCCCUGUUGUCAUGGAAACUGGGUUGCGCAUUGGACCAGAGCAAUAUCCCUGACAUUAGCAGUGUCCAAUCACCAGCCAAGGAUGGGACCAUGUCCGCCAAGCUGGGCUACCCUGUAGUCGGUUGGCAUAUUGUUAACAAAAAGCCCCAUAUGGUGAAACGAGUCAGGAGGCAAUUGUACAAUACCCCCACCCCUGUGCCCUCAUUGCUUCCCCCAACCACACAUCCUGAACCCCCUGUUCGCAUUGUGCCCACCCCAACUUCACCUUCCAUUGCCCCGGCCACUGACCACUCCGCACCCCCUGUCCGUGGACCUUUGCCUCUGCCAGUGAAGCCCACUAUAAGGGUGAGGGAUCAGAUAGCCCACACUCCUGUACUGGGUCCUCCCCAGCCCACCAGAGUUAUAGGGACCACCAGUACCAUCCCCAUCCAGCCCACCAUGACCCGUCCUGUGUUUGUGGAGGCCACGGCUCUGCCUACCCCCCAAACCACCAGAAGGCCUAAGACUUCACCUACAAAGAAAACCAAAAAGCCCAAAACCUCCACUCCAGCCCCAAGAGAACCUAAAACUACAACUACCAAGCCACCCAGACGCACUACCCUUCAGUCUCUGCCUCCAGACUACAACAACAAAAAGCCUGAGAUCCGCAAUGCCAUUGAUGAGGUGAAUGUCUGGGUGGGGACGUACUUUGAGGUCAAGAUUCCCCCAGACACUUUCUUUGACCGAGAGGACGGCACCACAGACAAGCUGCGUUUGACUUUGAAGAAGAAGGACAAUGAGGUGGUGAGCGAAACCUCCUGGAUCCAGUUCAAUAGCACCAUCCAGCUGCUGUACGGCCUGCCUGAGCAGGAGCACGAGGGCAAACAUGAGUACUUCAUGCUGGCCACUGACAAGGGAGGCAUGAGCACAAUAGACGCCUUUGAAGUACGUGUGAACCGCUGGUCCACCAACGACAAACCCCCCGUUGUAUUCGCUGCCCGGUUCCACGGUGACCCCAAGACACUGACUGAUGACAUCCACAAGAAGAUCCUCCUGACCAGGAAGCUGGCGUAUGCGUUGGGGGAUCGCAACAGCAGCACGGUCACUCUGAAGAGCAUCACCAAGGGCUCUAUUGUGGUGGAGUGGACCAACAACAGCCUCCAGCAAAACCCCUGCCCAAAGGAUCAGAUUGCUGUCCUCAGCAGCAAGAUCUCCGACCCCCAGGGCAGGCCCAAGCUGGCCUUCACCAAGGCUAUGGAGCCAGAGUUUAAAGCAAUCAACAUCUCUGUUCAUGGCACCAACAAGUGUCAGAGCUACACAUUUGUUCCCCCGAGAGAGGUGGCGAUCCCUGUCCCUCCCACAGCAACUCCUUCCCCGGGCACAGGUCGUAGGAGCAGCGACGAUGUCUACCUGCACACAGUCAUCCCGGCCGUGGUGGUGGCAGCGCUGCUGCUUAUAGCCGGGGUCAUCGCCAUGGUCUGCUACCGCAAGAAACGCAAGGGGAAGAUGACCAUUGAGGAGCAGGCCACUUUCAUCAAGAAAGGAGUGCCCAUCAUCUUUGCUGAUGAGUUGGAUGACUCCAAGUCCCCUCCUUCCUCUAGCAUACCCCUUAUCCUCCAAGAGGAGAAGCCUCCCCUGCCCCCGCCAGAGUACCCCAACAUGGCGGGUCCCCACAGCACCUUGCUCAGCCAGGACCUGCUCGAGGAGUACUCCAUGUAUCAGGACGAGGAUCCCAACGCACCACCCUACCAGCCCCCUCCGCCGUUCACCGUCCCCAUAGAGGGCAAGGGCUCCCGCCCCAAGAACAUGACGGCAUACAGGUCGCCCCCUCCCUACGUGCCUCCCUAACGCUCACAGGAGCCUAUGUCUGGGAAGGAGGAGGUCUGUGGUGACGGUUGUUUGUUUGAAAUGAAUGAAAGGAGUAAUUUUACAUAUCUGUUCAAUAAAAUGGCUUUGGAGAGGAACAGGCAACUAGACCCAUAUAAAUGACCAUCGUGGAUACUAUUCAGUACUGUACAAGUCUACUGGCACAGGACAACUGAACAGAAACUGUUUGUAACUCUAGCACUCUUUUUCUUGUCCUUCAGUUUUGCUUUUGACUCUUGCGUAAUCUUUUCUUUUUCUUUUUUUUAUCUCUUUUUGCCAAGAAGAAUCAUUUUUAUCUGAGAAGAUGUACUGUUUCUAUUGUAUAGAACAUAAUAAAGAAGCAGGAAAGACUGCAAGCUAGAGGGCCUUGGAGCAAAUGUCACCAUGACAACAGACUUGAGGCUCUCACUCACAGCGUUAAUCUUUAUACCAAUUCAGUAUAUCGCUUUUAUCCGUCUGUGGGUUAGGUUUACUAAGACUUUGCACCUGUUAUUUCUAGAGGGGAAUAUAAGACAAAAAGCCAAACUAAAAGCAUGAAACCAUCCUUUUGUUACAGAUAAUUUUAAGUUCUUUUUUAAUCAUUCAUUUUUCCUCUUUGUCACAUGUUUAGUUCCCUCUUGACAAUAACAUGUGCAAAUUUGCACUUAGGCAAAUUCUUACUAAAACUUACUCUUUGUGUCUUGCAGAAGUGAACAUUGUAAUGGUAGUCAUAAAAGGACACUAUCUUAUUUCUUUUAACACACCACUGGACUGAAAGGUCAUCUGUUACUUAAUCAAUACGGGCAGCAGUACACUGAUCACGCUUGUUGUUAAUGUAGCCUAAUUGAAUUUCAAAACAGGAAUAAUAAUUAAGACAUUUACAGUGUGUUAACCUGUCACUGACCCUGCUGUCCACAACAAGAAAUCUGGAUUCUGGGGUUGCUAAGGUAAUGCUUGGGACAGAACAACCUUCAUGGGGUUUUGGUACCACCACAAUGCAGGGUCAAUUAGAUGCUGUUUUUAGCAGCCGAGGGAGAAUCAGUAAUGGAAGGUAGAUGUAUGUUCUACAUUACACUUUUUGUCGUGGGUGUGAGGGGGAAGGUACAGUACUGUAUUAUCACUGCUCUGCCUCUUUGCUGCUGCACUGUCUUUGUAGUGUGCUGCCUGUUCUAGGUUCAGAAGAGGCAUGGGGACAGGUGUGUGUGUACAUAAUGGUGUGCCUGUGAUGCUGAACAUCCUCCAUAACGUUAGGGUUUUAUCAAUAGAGUUAGUAGGGACAGUGGGGUGGGGGGGGGAGAAUCAUUUUAUUUUUAAUUGUCUGUCUAGAUUUAUGAUCAAUCUGUCAUGAACAGAAACAAUGUAAUCGUUUGUGGGAGGACAAAAAGAGUUGACUUGCCCAUCACUGAAAAUAUUGCAUCAUGUUAAGAAUAUGAUGGGAGAAGAGACCACAAGUGAAUAAUGUACGUUUCAUAUCUGAUAUCACCGUAAGGAAAAAUGGCAGAAAAAAAUCUAAUGUUUUUACUGAAUUUUUGAUACAGUCUUAAAUUGUUUUAUGAAAAUAUAUUAAUAAAGAUGUACUACUAUUUGGUAAAGCCUCAAA